AUGUGUGGAUCGAUUAUACCUUUAUUAAUAAGAGCGGCGCUAUGCGACGAGGAGACGAAGCGGGGGCCCAGAGACACCGGGACGCGGCAGGAACGCUCUCUCGGCGGAGAAAAAACUCAAUGUGAUCGUCGCUGCUUUUGGUUUAAUUGCGCUCAAUUCGUCCGGCGAUUGCGGCGUGUGAAUGAAGAGCUGAGGCACGCGGGCAGGGGGAAGGGGAUCAGGGCUGCCCACGAUCUGCACCGAGCGGACGCUUCUGGACAAAAGGAAUACGACCGCUUUGCGAUGUCGGCUGCUGCCUGGAUGGCGAACCGCGCGAGGUGGAGGCCGACUACUGUCGAACGCGUCGUCGUACGGGACGUCUUUUCCGCCGAGAAGUCGGUUAGAGUAGAGGCGCGCCGGAGGCAGCCCUGCUCUGAAGAUCUCGGCUCGUUUGAAUGCAGUUUUUAG